AUGUUGAAGAGUAGUAGAGGUGUUUUGCGUUUACCCCAAUUGAGAAGGUGUUUCCACCGGGAGGGGACUCCCUACGACAAGACUAUCAAGAACUUGCUGCUUCCCAAGGACACGAAAGUGAUAGUGCAAGGGUUCACAGGGAAACAAGGGUCCUUCCACGCACAGUUGUCCAUGGAUUACGGUACUGACGUCGUUGGGGGUACAAACCCGAAGAAGGCAGGGCAGACACACAUGGGGAAACCGGUGUUUGCGACGGUCGGUGAGGCGAUGAAGAGCACGGGUGCGACCGCGAGUGCCAUUUUUAUCCCACCUCCGUUUGCAGCAGCUGCGAUUAAGGAGGCAAUCGAGGCAGAGUUGCCCCUGGCGGUGUGUAUCACGGAGGGAAUCCCACAGCAGGACAUGCUGUACAUUGCAGAGAUGCUCAAGACGCAAAGUAAGACACGGUUGGUUGGACCCAACUGUCCUGGGAUUAUCAACCCGAGAAACAAGGUCAGGAUCGGGAUCCAGCCGGCGAAGAUCUUCCAAGCGGGGAAAAUCGGCAUUAUCUCACGGUCCGGGACGUUAACGUACGAGGCAGUGCAACAGACCACGACACAUGGGCUCGGACAGUCCCUCGUCAUUGGGAUGGGAGGGGAUGCAUUCCCCGGUACCGAUUUCAUCGACGCUUUGAAAUUGUUCUUGGAUCACCCAGAAACGGAAGGGAUCAUCAUGCUGGGGGAAAUCGGCGGGAAGGCAGAGAUCGAGGCUGCUCAUUUUUUGAAGGAGUUUAACAACACAAGAUCCAAACCUUUGCCCGUUGCAUCGUUCAUCGCGGGGACUGUUGCAGGGCAAAUGAAGGGUGUUAGAAUGGGACACUCGGGAGCGAUUGUCGAAGGGUCUGGCACAGACGCAGAAUCGAAGAAAAAAAUCCUCAGAGAAAUAGGUAUCGAAGUGGUGGAAUCACCUGGCUUUUUGGGGCAGGCUUUGGUCGACCAAUUCAACAAGCUGAAAUGA